CAUAAGUAGUGAUGGGAGCCCCCUUUGUAAUUUAUCAAGGAGUGAGAAAAGAUAAAACCAAAGCAAAAGCUAAAAAACACAGUCCUCUCAGUAGAGUUUCCUCCCAGCCAUGGAACCAAAUUUACUCCUCUUCAUUCUACUCAUUUCAGGAGUGUUCUCAUUCCAGGCAUCGAGUCUUGGCAUAAACUAUGGACAGAUAGCUAAUAAUCUUCCCACUCCAGAAAACGUUGUGCCGCUGCUCAAGUCAAUUGGCGCAACCAGAGUUAAGCUCUACGACGCUGAUCCGAAAGUACUGAAAGCUUUCGCCAACACUGGAGUGGAAUUCAUCGUUGGAUUAGGCAAUGAGUACUUAUCGAAAAUGCGAGAUCCACAGAAAGCGCUGGAUUGGGUGACAACUAAUGUCAAGUGUCACCUUCCGGCUACUAAAAUCACUGCCAUUGCAGUCGGAAACGAGGUGUUGACAUUCAACGACACCUCGUUGUCCGGCUGCUUACUGCCAGCUAUGCAGAGCAUUCACACCGCAUUAGUCACAUUAAAUUUAGACAAACAAGUCUGUGUCACGACUGCUCAUUCGUUAGGCGUGCUCGAGACUUCGUACCCGCCCUCGUCAGGCGCUUUUCGACAAGAUCUGAGCAGCUGCGUCGCUCAGAUCUUGUCAUUUCUAGUAAAAACGGGCUCCCCUUUUUUAAUCAACGCUUACCCCUUUUUUGCCUACAAGGGGAGCCCGAAACAGGUUUCCCUGGACUACGUUCUCUUCCAGGCGAACCCUGGAACGGUAGAUCCAGCUACCAAUCUCCACUAUGAUAACAUGCUUUUCGCUCAGAUAGACGCUGUUUACAGCGCCUUAUCAGCUUUAGGCUACAAGAAACUCCCUGUUCAGAUCUCCGAAACAGGAUGGCCUUCCAAAGGAGACGAAGACGAAGUGGGAGCUUCCCCGGAGAAUGCCAAGAAGUACAAUGCUAAUCUCAUCAAGCUAAUAGCACAAAAGAAAGGAACACCUCUCAGGCCUAAUUCGGAUUUAAACAUCUACGUGUUUGCGCUUUUUAAUGAGAAUUUGAAACCCGGGCCAACUUCAGAGCGCAAUUACGGACUUUUUAAGCCCGAUGGAACUCCUGCCUAUUCGCUCGGUCUUUCCACCAACAUUGGCAACACAACUAGCAACUCUGGUGCCACUCCUGCUAAGAAUAACACCGGCUUCAUAAUGCCAGCUCCGCCCACAUCUUCCAAUGGCUACUUAUCGAUAUCUUCGGCCACGGGAAGGAUUGCUUCGAGCGGCAGCAUACAAUUGUUCUUGUGGUUCCUGGUAGGUUCCGUGUUGCUCGGCAUUGUUGUGGCCUAAUAAUAUCUGUAGAAAUUUCAGUAUUAUCGAAAGGAGGGGAAAUGGGGAGGAUGACUUAUUAACUUAUCGGAAACAACCUCCGAAGCUUUUCAUGAAUUUGAGUGGGAGGGAGAGAGCGAGACAAUUAGUUAAACAUUCCCCAGUGAUAGGCUUUCUAGUUAUUGUAACUUGGGGCUGGAAAAGCUGAGAUUCUUGUUUCGACUUUGCUUCAAUGCCACCACAAUAUUCUUUGUAA